AUGUCAGACGAAGAAUCUCGACUCGAACUAAUGAAACGGUUCUCGGUCGAUUCUGUACCAUCUAGAUAUUCACAGUCGUCAAUUCCUCUUGGCUCUAGACCUGAUUUAAGUAGAUCGACGACUUCAGCGUCUAAACAGUUUGAUAUAAGAUCCGCAGAUCCCAAAAUACCUAAGAACGUAUUGAUUAUUUGGAAAGUCUCAAUUAUACUUAUGUUCUUGUCUGCUGGGAUCUUACUUUAUCUACUCACUUGCUCAGAUCCAACUUGGAGAAGUCAAUGGUCCGUGGUCAAAGUUCAAUUACCCAGCAAUCAAUUUAGUAUUAUAAAAAGUAACGGUAAGAAGAUAAGUCAAAAUGCGCAAACCUCAUCCUUGGCAGGAGAAGGGGAAGGGGGCGGUUGGUUGAGCAUUAAUAUGUGGGGAUGGUGUCUGCAAGAUUCCUCGAAAUCUGAAACACUCUGUUCAAGUGAUAAUAUGUGGUUUGACUUGGAUCCUCUACUGGGAGAAAAGUCAACAUCGGAUGCACCCUCAGGAGACGAUUUCAAUUUUUUACUGACUCACGGAUUAAUCAUCCACGCUCUUGGAAUGUUAGCUGCUAUGAUGGCAAUCAUACCAAUCAUCCUCAAUACAUUCAGGACUGUACGUGCCAAACAACCGAUGGUGGAAAGCGGUUGGUUCGAACAUGGCACUCUACUAAUUGCUUGUUUACUUUGUUUGAUCUCAUUUAUAAUAGACAGAACACUCAAAUUGAGCGUAUCGAACAAUCUUUCAGAUCAUAAAGUCAUCUCAGGAAAAGCAUUAACGAUAACAGGUGUAUCGUCAUUACUGUUAUUCUAUACAUUGUUACUCUCCAGUAUACCGCCGUUUUACUUCCAUAUGAAAAGACAAUCUCGACUAGUCAAGUAUUGGACCGAAUUCCAGGAUUACGACGAAGCUUUAGCUGAUGAGGACCAGAAGUCACUCGAAGCAAAACGGAAAAGACCUAGCUCUCGGUCCAGAGGAAAAAAACCUCGCAGGAGAAGAUUGUCCCGGGCGAUCUUCGGAGACGAGGACUAUUAUGGCUCAGGACCGAGACGAAGGGGGACUUUGUCUCGUUGGGCGAGUGGCAGAAGGGACAGAAGACGGCGAAGAAGGAAUAAGCGGGAUGACAAAUAUCAGUACGAAAGCAGAACGAGAGACGAGCGGAGAGAAAGAGACAAGUAUGGCGGACGUGAUCGUCGGGCAAGAUAUCGACAAGAGGGAAGAAAACGCAGAUGA